CCCGAUGGAAUCUUCAUCGGCAAGGGCUGCCGCCUCAGUGUACGUGUUCGUCUUUUUUCGUCAUGGGAGAGGCACAUCCCGGAGUGCCUUCUCCGUAUGCUUUUGGUCCGUGCCGGGAUUGAAAAGAACCCCGGACCCUGGUUCUGUUCCGUUUGCCAGAACCGCCUUCAUCAUCGGUCAGUGUCGGUGAGGUGUAACAGGUGCUUGGAGUGGGUACAUUUCCGUUCUUGCUCUGGCCUAACUUCGCUACGGGAGUAUAGUCAUACUGGCUAUGUCGCUAGGUGCUGUGCGAACAUAGCCAGCAGUGGGUCACAAGCGUCGCCGUCGUCGCCUUCGGCGUCCUCGUCGUCGGACUAUGUGACCCCCCCGACCUCUCCCGUACGGCAAUUUAUGCAAAGACAGCACCCUAGCCCUACUAUUGCCAGGCCAGUGUCGGGAAAUGUAUCGUUCCUGCAGUUAAACUGCAAUGGACUGCGAGGCAAGAUUGAUGAGAUUGUAGAUUUUAUGAGUCGGAAGAGCAUAUCGGUCGCAGCGAUCCAGGAGACAAAGCUGACUAACACCUGCAGCUUGCACAGUUGUCACGGCUACAAUGUGCUACGUAAGGAUCGCUCAAGGAAUGGAGGUGUUAGUCAGCUUUGUCUCCUGGAUCGCUGCGACCGAUAUGCUCUUCCGACUCAUAAAAUCUACAAUCUCAUCAAUCUUGCCUCGCAGUCCAUUGCAGUUUAACUGCAGGAACGAUACAUUUCCCGACACUGGCCUGGCAAUAGUAGGGCUAGGGUGCUGUCUUUGCAUAAAUUGCCGUACGGGAGAGGUCGGGGGGGUCACAUAGUCCGACGACGAGGACGCCGAAGGCGACGACGGCGACGCUUGUGACCCACUGCUGGCUAUGUUCGCACAGCACCUAGCGACAUAGCCAGUAUGACUAUACUCCCGUAGCGAAGUUAGGCCAGAGCAAGAACGGAAAUGUACCCACUCCAAGCACCUGUUACACCUCACCGACACUGACCGAUGAUGAAGGCGGUUCUGGCAAACGGAACAGAACCAGGGUCCGGGGUUCUUUUCAAUCCCGGCACGGACCAAAAGCAUACGGAGAAGGCACUCCGGGAUGUGCCUCUCCCAUGACGAAAAAAGACGAACACGUACACUGAGGCGGCAGCCCUUGCCGAUGAAGAUUCCAUCGGGUCAAUCCGGUACGUACAACCGG